AGUGAUUCUCCGGAAGCAGCGUGGUUGCUUCCCUGCCCUGGCCAGGCUGAGCCCGCUGAACCGCUGACAAGAUGCAGUCAGAUGAUGUUAUCUGGGAUACACUAGGAAACAAGCAAUUUUGUUCCUUCAAAAUAAGAACCAAGACUCAGAGUUUUUGCAGAAAUGAAUACAGCCUGACUGGACUGUGUAAUCGGUCGUCCUGUCCCCUGGCAAACAGUCAGUAUGCCACUAUCAAAGAAGAGAAAGGACAGUGCUACUUGUAUAUGAAGGUUAUAGAACGAGCAGCUUUCCCUAGGCGUCUCUGGGAACGGGUCCGGCUUCAUAAAAACUAUGAGAAAGCACUGGAGCAAAUAGAUGAAAAUCUGAUUUACUGGCCCCGUUUCAUUCGACACAAAUGUAAGCAGAGAUUCACCAAGAUCACCCAGUACCUAAUUCGAAUUCGAAAACUUACACUAAAGCGACAGAGGAAACUUGUUCCUUUGAGUAAGAAGGUGGAACGGAGGGAAAAAAGAAGAGAGGAAAAGGCAUUAAUAGCUGCUCAGCUGGACAACGCCAUCGAAAAGGAAUUGCUGGAGAGACUGAAACAAGAUACGUAUGGCGACAUCUACAACUUCCCCAUCCAUGCCUUCGACAAGGCCCUGGAACAGCAGGAGACAGACAGUGACUCUUCAGUUGCUGAGGAAAAAGAUGAUGAAGAAGAUGAAGAAGAUGUGGGAAAAAGAGAGUUUGUGGAAGAUGAUGAAGUUGAUGAGAGUGACAUAAGUGAUUUUGAGGACAUGGAUAAACUGGACGCCAGCGGUGAUGAAGAUCAGGAUGAUAAAUCCUCCAGUGAGGAAGAAGAAAAGGCCGUUGACACUAAACACAAUGGCAAAGCACCCUUGAAAGGACCUUGGAGGAGGAAAAAAGCAUAUGUAGAGAUAGAGUACGAGCUGGAGACAGAGCCCGAGGCCAAGGCCAAAACCACGUGAUUUCCCUUCAGACGUUUAUAAACAGGACUGGACAUCUUGAACUUCUUCCCUUUUUUUUAUCUUAAACACAUACACACGGGCUUCCCUGGUGGCGCAGUGGUUGAGAGUCUGCCUGCCAAUGCAGGGGACACGGGUUCGAGCCCUGGUCUGGGAAGAUCCCACAUGCCGCGGAGCAACUAGGCCCGUGAGCCACAACUACUGAGCCUGCGCGUCUGGAGCCUGUGCUCCGCGACAAGAGAGGCCGCAAUAGUGAGAGGCCCGCGCACCGCGAUGAAGAGUGGCCCCCGCUUGCCGCAACCAGAGAAAGCCCUCGCACAGAGGCGAAGACCCAACACAGCCAUAAAUAAAUAAAUAAAUAAAAAUUAAACUUUAAAAAAAAAAAAAAAAAAAAAAAAAAAACACAUACACACUUCUAGGUUUUGCUCUUUAUCUUGUUUUUAACACAAUAUUUGUGUUUUUAAUAUUUAUGCUACUUCUGUGGGGCAAAAAAUCUGGGAGGGAGUGGAGAAAAGCCUAAAUUGUGAACAGAGUAUUUUUAUAGCAUUGUUACAUGUGCUGAAGUAACAGCUUGAGCCCAAGAAACGUAACAGAUGAGUUUGUGGGUGUAAAUAUUUCUAAAUUUUAAAUGCUACCCACCCGUUUCCUUGGUAUCCUCCCCCUGCAUUCCUCCCCCUCCCCCCUUUAUUUAGAAAUGUCCAGACUUCAAUUUUUUCAUGUUCUCUUUUCCCUACUUCUAUGGGAGUAAAAAGGAAAGAAGGAAAAAGAAGAUCUAAGUUAUAAUGUUUAAUAUAAAUAUACCUUUUUCCUGAAAUAAUUCCAUUUAAAACAACUGGAACAGAAAGAAAAUCUUGUCCUCUUCAGGAAAGUAAUACAAGUCUUAAGUUGCAUUGUAGGGAGCGCCUUCAGAAACCUGCUGCACUCUUCGGAUAUAGUUCCCCACCUUAUUGUCUUCACAGCUUUGGGGGAUUUUAGCCAGGAGACCCUGAAACAUCAAACCAAACAGUCUUUGUUUUUUUUUUUUUUGUUUGUUUGUUUGAUAUGUGUUUUCCUUCUACCUUGGUUGUUCUUUCUUGGUACCAUACUCAAAGAAGGGAAGGACGGAUGACACUAGGGCACAGUUCACAGAACAGGUGUAACUUUAGAAACGGAAAUGUCCUACUGGAGCACAAAGAAGCAGCUUACUACCAGUCAGGGUGAAUCAGAUUAAAUCUAGGGCUUGAAAAGUGGCCAAGAUUAAAAAGCCAAGAUGAAAUAAUUUGAAUAAACCAUGCUACCCCUAAAUAUUUUUAGGAUAUGAAUUUCUUUUCAUGCUGCCUUAUAACUUUCAAUUGAAGAUUUCUAAAUGGGGUAAGAAAUGAGACAAUAAUUUAUAAAUUAUGUAUACGUGGACACACAGCUAUUAUAUGCUAUGGCUUUGAGAAGUUAACUUCUGCGGAAUAUGAGACCAAAGGAAGAAUUCCCACGUGGAUAAAUAAGCAUGUGGAAAACACAGUUGCCUCUGAAAAAGUGGAAACAUUUCUGGUAACUGAAUUACUUAUUCUACCUAAAUUAUUACUCCUUGGUGGUUUAUAGCCCAUUAUUUCAACCUUUUUAUUUUUUCACUCAGACCACUAGAACAGAACUUAAAUUUUACAAAUUCUUGAUCAUGAUCCUUUUGCCCAUUCUCUGUCCUGGCUCCAGAAAUAUCCACUGAUCCUCUUGCCUUUCGGUCUAAACAGUUCUGAAUAGCUUUAAAGGAAGAAUAAGGUAUUAAUCAAACUCCAUUGAAGGCUAGAAGGCUCAGAGGUAGAAACGCGAACCCCCCAUGUUCACUUACAGACGUGGUCAGGCACGUAAAUGUAAAUUAGAAUCACAGGAAUUACCUGAGGAUGAAGAAGCCUAUCUGAAACCAAGUCGCAGACUGUCCCUUACCUUCACCUGUCCUUGAGAGCAGCGGUCCAGGAGAAUCAGGCAGUCUGUGGCCUCUUCUAACAAGGCGCUCUUAACAGAUUCGGGUGUGAGGCUUGAAUCCGUUGCUACGUCACAUAUCAGUUUCAAGAGAGCCUUCAGUAAGACCACAAGUCUACAGGGAACUCUGGAAUCAAGAAGAAAAAUGAUAUUCAGACUCCGAAUCAGGUUAUUAAAACUGAAAGAGACUUCAAAGGCCAUCCAGUAGAAAACCCUCAUUUCAUAAAUGAAGGAACUGAAGUCAAAAUUUAAGACCACAAGCUGGAAGCAGAACUACAGACCAGACUCCAGAUUUCUGAACUUUAAGGCCCUUGUUUUUUUCUACAGCACGCUGCCCAUACACACUGACAUUCUGGCCUGCCCAGGGAUACCUAGUUUCCUUCCAGAAGCAUGGUCCUACCGUAAGGAAACAGCCCCUCCUGGAAAGGGAGAACUGGGACCUUCCUUACCAGGGGCCUAUACUUUUGACCAGAGAACAGGAAAUGGCCCAUAGUUCUUUAGCUUUGAUGCGGUCUUAGGCCUGGAGAUUAAAAAUACAGUGAGGGAAAUAAGCUUGGCUUUUGAGACUUGUCAGUUUGAGUUUUCUGUCACUAUAUUUCUAGAUCCUAGACUACCACCAGUUAGGCCCAGUCUAUUUACUUCUACUUAGUGUUUCUAAAAGUUUUUAUGAUAAUGAUUACACAAAAUUGUAAAUGCACUUAAUGCCACUGAAUUGUACACUUUAAAAUGGUAAAUUUUAUGUAUUUUUUAACCACAAUAAAAAGCCUUAAGGAAGCUGAAAAAUAA